AUGAGAUUCGCACAUUUUAUUUCCUGGGAAAUAAAGCCAAUAUUUUCUAAGCUACCACCUACCGAAGAAGAAGAGUACGAGCUAAAGUGGGAUGUUGUUCACUUUAUGCGUCGUGAUUUCGACUCUGCUCUGCACUGUCGAUUGGCCAGUGUCAAAGACAAUGACGAUUUAACACCAAUAUUCGACUCAAAGAGUAAUAUUCUCCAUAAACUUUACGGGGGUUUCUAUAUAUCCGAGUUAGUGGAAGCCCAAAACAAGGAUAUGAAGGCAAUUGCAUUGGAAUCGAAUAAAACAGGACAUGCUGUCGGGUUUAUGAACGCCACUACAUUAUUCGAUGCCGAGUUUUUAAAUAAAGAAUAUGAUUUGCGUUCCUGCAAUUAUCUACAGAAAAACGAUUUGCGAGAUAAAUCAAACAUGCCAAAACCCACAUCAUUUUUAGAAUUGCACAUUGAUUUGCCUGUUGCUGAUGUUGAUUCAACAGAAUCCGAUAAUCUAACCGAUGACUCAACGGAUAAACUAAAGAAAUUACAUGCUGAUGCCUCAUUAAUAGCUUUUCGUGAAGAAAUCGACCCAGAUUCAGAUGGUAAUCCUACCACAUUCUCCACCGAUGAUCUGCGUUCUACUAUUCUUUCGGAUUCGUUUUCUGUAGAUAAAGACACAAGAUUAGCUUACAUUUCAUCGGGAAAUUGGAUUCGACGUCAUCUAAAAGGAUAUUUUGGUGUAAACCCCUCUCAUGACACUCAACAAAACGCUUACUCUCGUGAAGACAAUAAUGCAUUUGUUAUUCAGCUUUACGGUUUGCUUCCUGAAUUUGAUACGCGUGCAAAGGACUUUUUAUCAUUCAUGUUCGAUCAAUUUCCUGGUAUUGAGUAUGCGGCCAUAACAGUUCCACGACUAGAUCCAGAAACAACUUUGCUGCAGGAAUUUCACGAUGGAACCGCAUUGUUGUGUUACGUAGCGUUGUGCUUGGGAAAAGUCGUGGGCCUGCUUUUUGCUCGAGCCGAAGAGCAUAUCGAUUGGCUGAAGGCUAAUUAUGAUUUGGAAGAAUACAUAUAUUUUACACAUCACGGAAAACAUGAAUUUGCUACUUUGAUUCACUUUGUAUUAUCUUUAACUGUUCAUUCACGGGCGCGAUUUUUUUUGCGUGAAGUAAUGCGUCAGUCGGGAAAGACAUGUUUCUUCUACCUCAUCUAUCCACCGUUCGCUAUGGACACCAAGCUGAAGAUGAAUACACCACUCUCAUGUUUGGGUGAUUUCUAUGCAGUCCGGCCUCGACGCCAGAUUGUGUACCCUUCGGGGUUAGUGAGGGGAGAGAAGGGUCCACAGAAUCACACUCUCAGCUGUCCACUCGACGAUCCACCGCCAGCCGUCUAUCACAUCUCCCGCAACUUAAUCAUGGAGCCCAAGAUUGUGCUUAACGCGCGCAUUAUCGUUGUCGGCGCCUCGUCGACUAGUCUAGCCUUUCUAGAGCGCUUGGUCUUUGCAUCACACAUCCGUUUCAAUAAUCUUGUUUUGUUAUCUCCUCAUGGAAUUCUCGGAGACACUGAAGCUUCAGAGAACCAUCGUGUCCCUCUCUUCUAUCCAUCACGUUACGCGCAAGGCCGGUGGCGUCUGGGUCAGAUUUCGCUGCAUACGUUGGUAAACGUUAUUUUGGGUACACUCACGGCAAUCGACAGAAAUCGAAAAUUAAUUACAAUUGAUGGGGUCCAUGAGAUAUCAUACGACUUUCUCAUUUUGUCGCCCGGAAUGCAGUACCACCCGCCAACGCCAAUCGGGAUCGAUCCCAAAUUCAUCGGCGAGAGGAGUCGCAAGAAUCCGUGUGAACCCAUUGUAAUUUCUACCAAGCACAAGGCCUCAAACCUCUUCCUCUUGAACGACGAGAACAGCACCAUUGAAGCCAUUGAGUAUGUAGAGAGGAACCUCAUGCCGGAUACGUCCAACGAGAGGCAGCUGUCUCGGAAACAAAGUCUUCAGACAGACAUGCUUUUGGAGGACCCAAAUUCAGAGAAGAAACCCAAACACCGUCCCGAAGAGGGUCCCAUAAUCAUUUUUGGCGAUUGUUUGGACGCCUAUGCCUGUGUUCAUGGACUUCUCCACAUGGGAGUCCCUAGUAUCCGCAUCAUUAUGAUGCACCCUUUCAAGAAAAACGAUACCAACAGCAUUGAUGAGCUGUCGAAAACCAAGACGAAACCCCAAUGCCAUUCAUUAACGUCUGCAUUUGACGAUUACGCAGUAGAGACAGUUAUCCAUGAAGAAAUGGAAAACGCUGGGGUCCGCAUAUUCAAACAUUGUACUCUUUUACGCUGGAAUGACGACCCAACUUCCGUUUUCGUGGAAGAAAUUGAAAAUGCCACUUUCAUCAUUCAGGGAAUAGAAAAACGUAUUCGAUGUGUCGCGUUCUUUUCAUUCGUCAACAAGAAAAUCGACUACACGUUUUUCAAAGCCGUGAAUGACGCCUGUCUGGUUUUUGACAAACAAUUGGUGAUCGAUGCCAACUUCCACACUAGUGACCCUUGCAUCCGAGCUGCGGGACCAGCGACGAAAUUCCGUCGUAUUUACUACAAUGACAAAUACACUCAUGCUCUCUUCAACAGUCUGGAAGUUGGAGAAAAGUUAGGAGACGCCUUCCUGAAAGAGUUCGAUCCGAGCAUUGAGAUGCCCAAAACUCCGGACAGAGACGAGCGACACUUACUGCCUACGUUCAAGAUGCCCCGAGUAGCAUACGCCAUGCUCCCCGGAGGCUACACUUUCCUCAAGAUCUGGGAACCUGGCCACAAAAAGAACCCCCUUCUCAGAUUACAAGAACCGGAAUUUGCCCUUCCAAUAUCAAAUUAUGUGAGCCUUUAUUCAACGCACGAGCGAGCAGUAAACAACCUGGUAGCGCGAUAUGAUGAGGGAUUAAUCUCCGAUUUCUAUUCGUUCUUUGAUGAGCCAUGGGCAAUGGCCCUCUUUCACGACCGUUUCGAAGAACUUAAAGAGGAAAUCCAUGAACUCGGCUGCAACGCUAGGGAAAAGGGAGCAGUGCCGCUUGUUGACUUUAUUCGGGCAUUCCAAGAGCCCUGUGAGAAGAUGUCAAAGGAAACAUUUGAGAGAAUCCACUACGAGCAUCUUUCAAAAGGUCAUAAAUACGAAGUGGAGAAGAAAACCAUCAGCUUCGUUGCUAACAAUUACGACCUCCUGCCUAUGUACGCGAAACCAGAUAUGGUUAAGCAGGUCCGUUAG